AUGUUGCAGCUUUAUGGAUAUGCUACAACUCAGGCAGUAGCCAACAGAAGUUCUCUUUUGACAGAUGUGAUUGCUGCUUAUCAAAGGUUCUGUUCUCGACCUCCAAAAGGAUUUGAAAAAUAUUUUCCUAAUGGAAAAAAUGGGAAAAAAGCUAGUGAACCUAAAGAAGUUAUGGGAGAGAAAAAAGGAACAGAAUCAAAACCAGCUGCUACCCCGCGCUCUUCUGGAGGAGGAGGUGGAGGUGGUGGGAAACGAAGUGGCAAGAAAGAUGAUUCUCACUGGUGGUCCCGAUUCCAGAAGGGUGACUUUCCAUGGGACGACAAGGAUUUCAGGAUGUACUUCCUCUGGACUGCUCUGUUCUGGGGUGGAGUCAUGUUUUACUUCCUGUUCAGGAGCUCUGGGAGAGAAAUUACGUGGAAGGACUUUGUCAAUAACUAUCUUUCUAAAGGAGUAGUAAGUAUUUUAUGGGAUUGGUGGCUAUUGUGGUUCAAAGAUGUAGAGGGAAGCCUGCUUCCUCACUCAGAAGCAGCUCUCAUCUGUGUGGUGGUGCUGCAGCAGUCCGCUGAGUGUGAUGACGGCUCCAUUGCUUUCUGGCUGUCUGCUUCCUGA